AAAAAUGUUAAGCAAAUUUUCGUUGUGCUGCCAAACUUGAAGUAUAUAAUUUUCAUUUAUCGACAACAAGGGUAUAAUAUCAUCAAUAUAAGUUAAUCAAGUCAUAUAAUGGAUAGUAAGAGCACUAGUGUGAGUAUUGGUAAGUUUCCAUUUGAUUAUACUGAAGAUCAGGUGUUGGAAAUCGCCAAAUCAGUGGGACCAGUAUUGGAUUUGAAAUUACUCUUUGAUGAAUUGACCGGUAAAUCAAAAGGGUACGCUAUAAUCAAUUAUGGAGACAAUGAAACUGCAGCAUCAGCAGUAAGGAAUUUGAAUUAUAUGACUUUGCCUAAUGGUAGAUUUUUAAAAUGUUCAUUUAUAACUGAUGGAGAAGCUACUAAUGAUCGAUUACCAAUUUUACCAUUAGGAGUUCAAAUUCAUCCCAAUGAAAAUGUUCAAACUACAAUUGCUAAUUUAGUGGCAAAUAUUGAUCAAAUAUCAGGGAUGCAAUUAUUAAGAGAAAUUCAAAAGAUGAGUAAAGAGAAUCCAAAUUUAACUCGAUUAUUAUUAGAGAAAUUUCCUCAAUUAGCUCAUGCAUUAGUUGAAUUAACUUUACUUUCAAAUACUUCAAAUAAUGAAUUAAUUGAAUUAACUCUUAAUAAAAGACAACCCGAUUUAAAUGAACUUUCACCUGCUCAUGUUCAACUUUUAAAAGAUGUCAGUCAUUUAACUGAAGAUGAAAUUAAAUCAUUGGAUGAUAAUAAACGAGAAAUAGUUGAAAAGGUUAGACAUGAAAUUGAAAAUGGAACAUAUGGACAAAUAGUAUAAUUAAACGAAUAGAAUAUCAAAGAUUAUUCCAUAAGUCCAACAAAAUGAAUGUUUACAAUAUAUUAAAUUCAUUUAUGAGUCGCAAUAAGGCAUCAUCUGUUUUUAUGAUUUACGUGUAUAAAGUAUACGACAGUAUAUUAUAAUUAACUCUCACAUGCAAAAAGAUGGGAAAUAUUUUAGUUGCUA